AUCCCCGUACAGAUGCAUUCCGGAGUUUAAUGGCUUUGAGAAGAACCGGUUCCAAUUGUUGAUUGUUCUCUUUUAGGGGUAAAAUGGGAAGAGUUAGAUUCGAGGAAUGGAAAUCUUCCCACUCUACACUGGGCAUAUGUGCUAGCAUUGUGAAGAAGUAGGCAGAGUUUUCGGAUUGUAAGGCCAAAUGACAUAGGAUGAGGGCCUUUGGUGACCUGAUGACUUAUGUGUUUGCAACCCAUCUCCUGGUUAUGGUUGGAUUUAACGCUGCCGAGGACUUGUGCUCCGCCUUCGUGAAAGGAGUAAUUUACGGAUCGUAUUCGCUCAACGAAUUAUUUCCUCAAAACUCCACCAACUGCACUUGGACUUUGGAAAACCCAGAUCCGACCAAAUAUACCAUCUACCUGAAAUUUUCUAAGCGGGAUCACGGUUGCUCUAGCUUUUCCCUAUGGGCCUAUCAGUUCGACCACUAUUCCCCUGAGAAGAUUCGGGACCUAUUGAGAAACGCCAAAUCAGUUGUUCACCUGUGCCAGGCAAGGAGUAUGUUUGUAUUUUUGGAGUUUGACAAGAACUUCGUCCAGUUACGCCGCCUGGUCCAGCCUGACGCCUCGGCGGGACACCCCCACGGGAAAGGGCAGACUGACCGGCCAGCUUUCGAGCUUCUGCUCUUGAACAAGGUGAGCCCCAGCGAGUUCGGCUGCCAGGUAAUCUGCGGCUGGUUGGAGAGUUGCAUAAGAGUCGGGGGCCACAACGGAGGAGGAGGGGACGGCAAGAAGGAGUCGGAGGCGGGCUCAUGCGGGGUGAUGGACGCCAAGUGCAAUUGUCAGCAAGAUGUGAUGACGGGGGUGGUCGGGCUCGACAUGGUACUACCUCUCAAUGCAGAUACUGAGGGCUGUCUCUCCGCCCGCCUCCACACCUCUCACACAUGCAACCUGACCGAGGGCAAGCGUGCGCCUAGAAAAGAAUUUGGAUUGAUGGCAGAGCAUACAAUAAAAAGUCAGCGACCUCGAUCAGUUCAUGAGAGAAAGGUCCCUCAGGAACAAGCUGAUGCUGGUAAAAUUAUGCCACAUACUGGAGACCCUGUUACAGAAGAAUGGACCCAGUGGAGUAUGUGUUCAGUAACAUGUGGUCAAGGGUCGCAGGUGCGAACCAGAGCUUGUGUAUCAUCUUACGGGAUACUGUGCAGCGUGCCUUUAAGAGAAUCAAGGGUUUGCAAUAACACUGUCCUCUGUCCAGUGCAUGGCAUCUGGGAAGACUGGUCACCCUGGAGCUUAUGCUCAUUUACGUGUGGCAGAGGCCAGAGGACAAGGUCUAGGUCGUGCAUUUCUCCUCAAUAUGGUGGGCGUGCAUGUGAUGGGCCAGAGUCACAAACAAAGAUGUGCAACAUUGCUUUGUGCCCAGUGGAUGGGCAGUGGAAAGAAUGGAGUCCUUGGACAGACUGCUCGGUGACCUGCUCCAACGGAACACAGCAGCGAACCCGGCAAUGCACUGCUGCUGCUCACGGUGGUUCUGAGUGCAGGGGCCACUGGGCUGAGAGCAGAGAAUGCUUUAACUCUGAAUGCACAGAGAAUGGGAAGUGGAAUCCAUGGGGUCACUGGAGUGCAUGUUCAAAGUCAUGUGAUGGUGGCUGGCAGAGAAGAAUGCGGGUGUGCCAGGGACUGGUCAUCACGGGACAGCCUUGUGAAGGACUGGGCGAAGAGAUUCAGAAGUGCAGUGAGCAAAGGUGUCCAGCACCUUAUGAGAUUUGUCCUGAAGACUAUCUGAUGGCAAUGGUGUGGAGGAGGACAGCAGCUGGGGACUUUGCUUUCAAUCGGUGCCCUCAAAAUGCAACAGGCACCACCAGUAGACGCUGCUCCCUUGAUCGUACUGGAGUUGCUUACUGGGAGACGCCCAGCUUUGCAAGAUGCAUCUCCAACGAGUACAAACACUUACAGCAUACAGUUAAGGAACAUCUUGCAAAGGGACAGAGGACACUGGCAGGUGAAGGGAUGUCUCAGGUAACCAAAACCCUCUUGGACUUAACCCAAAGAAGGAACUUCUAUGGUGGGGAUCUCCUGGCCUGUGUUGAAAUUCUUCGAAACGUCACUGACACAUUUAAAAGAGCAAGUUACAUACCUUCAUCUGAUGAUGUACAGAAUUUUUUUCAAAUCAUCAGUAACCUUCUUGAAGAGGAAAACAGAGAGAAGUGGGAAGAUGCACAACAGGUCUAUCCCGGUUCAGUGGAGUUAAUGCAAGUAAUUGAAGACUUCAUCCAUGUAGUAGGCAUGGGGAUGAUGGAUUUCCACAAUUCCUAUUUAAUGACCGGAAACUUAGUGGCCAGCAUUCACAAGCUGCCUGCAGCAUCUGUCCUGACUGAUAUCAACUUCCCAAUGAAAGGAAGGAAGGGAAUGGUCGACUGGGCAAGGAACUCCGAAGACAAAAUUAUAAUUCCAAAAAACAUAUUUGUACCCUCAUCACCAGAUUUGGAUGAAUCUUCUGUUUUUGUUCUUGGCACAAUAUUUUACAAAAAUUUGGGACUUAUUUUGCCCUCCCCAAGAAAUUACACCAUUGUGAAUUCAAAAGUAAUCGCAGUGACAGUUAGACCAGAACCAAUGAUCACUGAAUCUGUGCUGGAGAUCGAACUGGCUCACUUAGCAAAUGGAACUUAUAAUCCAUACUGUGCCCUGUGGGAUUACGGCAAAACGAACGAGUCUACCGGUGCCUGGUCCACUCUGGGAUGUAAAACUGUGCUUACCGAUGCAUCCCACACCAAAUGCCUGUGUGAUCGCCUCUCGACAUUCGCCAUUUUAGCUCAUCAACCCCGAGAAAUAAAUAUGGAGAAUGCUGAUAUGCCUUCAGUCACGCUAAUUGUAGGCUGUGGUCUUUCCUGUCUGGCCCUCAUCACUCUGGCAGUGGUCUAUGCUGUGUUGUGGAGGUACAUCCAAUCAGAAAGGUCGAUUAUUCUGAUAAACUUCUGUCUCUCCAUCAUCUCGUCUAAUAUCUUGAUUGUGGUUGGACAAACACAGACUCAUAAUAAGGGUGUUUGCACAAUGACUACUGCCUUUCUGCAUUUCUUCUUCCUGGCUUCGUUCUGCUGGGUUUUAACUGAAGCUUGGCAAUCUUACAUGGCUGUCACAGGGAAGAUUAGAACAAGGCUCAUUCGUAAACGUUUUCUAUGCCUUGGCUGGGGAUUGCCUGCAUUGGUGGUGGCAAUAUCUAUGGGAUUUACAAAGGCUAAAGGAUAUGGUACAUCAAAUUACUGCUGGCUGUCACUGGAGGGAGGCCUUUUGUAUGCAUUUGUUGGACCUGCAGCAGCUGUUGUUCUGGUCAACAUGGUGAUCGGCAUUUUAGUUUUUAAUAAACUCGUGUCAAGAGAUGGAAUCCUAGAUAAAAAGCUAAAACAUAGAGGAGGUCAGAUGAGUGAGCCCCAUAGCGGCCUGACCCUCAAAUGUUCCAAGUGCGGAGUUGUUUCAACGACAGCCUUGUCAGCCACCACUGCCAGUAAUGCCAUGGCAUCUUUGUGGAGUUCCUGUGUGGUGUUGCCCCUCCUCGCGCUGACCUGGAUGUCAGCAGUUCUCGCAAUGACCGACAAACGAUCCAUCUUGUUUCAGAUCCUGUUUGCCGUGUUUGACUCACUGCAAGGAUUUGUUAUCGUCAUGGUGCACUGCAUCCUGAGGAGAGAGGUUCAAGAUGCCGUUAGGUGUCGUCUGAGGAACUGCCAAGAUCCGAUAGCUGGGGAUACGGCUGGCACUUUCCCAAAUGGUCAUGCUCGGAUUAUGACAGACUUUGAAAAGGAUGUGGACAUAGCAUGUCGGUCAGUCCUUCACAAGGAUAUAGGGAGCUGCCGAGCUGCAACUAUUACAGGAACACUAUCAAGGAUCUCUCUGAAUGACGAUGAAGAAGAAAAAGGAAUCAACCCCAAAAGCAUGAAUUUUUCAACCCUCCCAGGAAAUAUGAUUUCCAAAGUUUUGAUACAGCAGCCGCCGACGAUGCAUGUGCCAAUUGGAAUGAACGAAUUGACUGAGCAGUGUAUAAAGAAGGAAAACAGCGAACUGCGGCGGACAGUUUAUUUAUGCACUGAUGACAAUGCUGAGUUGGCUCAGGCCCAAGAGAGGAUGAUGGAGAGUGACUACAUUGUAAUGCCAAGAGGCUCAGCAAAUGUCCAACCUAUUGCUAAAGAUGAAAGCAAAUUAAACAUCAGCAUGGAAGGCAUGCCACAUGAUAGGUUAAUGCAUUUUAAUACAAGUGCGCCUGUGAUGGAUCACAUUAGUUUCAAUUUAGAUCAACAUCUCACCACACAAGAACACAAACAGAGUUUACCAUAUGAAUCGCGGUCAGCUGUAAAGAACUUCAUUGUUUCGGAACUUGAUGAAAGUAAUACUGCAUUAUCAAGGAGUGAAACAGGUUCAACAGUGUCCAUGAGUUCUUUAGAGAGAAGAAAGUCACGUUAUUCAGACCUGGAUUUUGAAAAAGUCAUGCAUACAAGAAAGCGGCACAUGGAACUAUUUCAAGAACUGAAUCAAAAAUUCCAGACUUUAGAUAGGUUCCGUGAGCCCCCAGGUACAGGCAGUGUGAAUGAGAAAACAUGGGCCGUCUCUGCAGCUGGGUAUGAAAGGGGUAGUGGAAGUGACAACCCAACACCGAGCAAGCAUGAAUGGGAUACUUACAAGAACCCUAGUGACUACCAACACUAUUCACCAAUGAAUGUAUUGGAUACAGACACAAAAGAAGCAUUAGAAUUGAGACAAGCAGAGUGGGAAAAGUGUCUCUCUAUACCCUUGGACGUGCAGGAAGGGGAUUUUCAAACUGAAGUUUAAAUUCAAGUCAAUUAUAAAUAAAAUCUCUUGCACUUGCACUUCAGAAAUUUUUACAAAAACCUGGUCUGUAUGUCUGGACUCUCUUAGAGUAAUUUAGGGACUUUAUGCACCAGGAAUAAGAUGUCCAUGUCUUUAACAUUUCUCACUACCUUACUUAGUGAGAAUACAAGAUGUACAAUUAUUACCAUCAUGUGUUGUACGUUCAUGUGGAAUGAAUUUGUAAGGUAAUCUUUAUAGAUAAACCUCAAGCAAAGAUACAUGUUGUAAUAGCUUCAUUUGGUUUAGUUUUACAAAGAAAACUUCACCAUGAAGCACAAUGUAUAUAUUUAUGCAGUUUUUAAGAUUUAUAACAGUCUGUUUGGCCAUUACUACACUUUUUACUUUAUAAUAUAAAAGCAAACAAUUUUCUGUCAUUUAAAUGAAUGGUUGUUGAGCUGCGUUCUUCAUUGCUUUCAAUGCAAUAAAGUAAUACUCUCACUUUUAUAUGAAUAAUAUAUUUCACAUCUUUAUUAUUGCAGAUCUCACACGAAAGCACAGAAAUAGCUUUCUUGGCUGCAAACGUGUAUAAAAUAUUUAAAAUGUUGU